GUCAAGCAUAACAAAAAUGGCUUUCGUUGGGAGCCGAAUUCAAAGCAACACCUGGUUCAAGUUCAAACCUUCUUCCCGCGGUCACAAGCCCUUGAAGAUUUGGAUGUCGACAACGCAAGGCCAAUCAAAAAGACCCAUUUGCCCAUCUUGUUCCAAACCCACCCGAACCUGUCUCUGCUCUCGAAUCCUCACACCAGGUAUCCAAAAUUCCGUGCACGUCACCAUUCUGCACCACGCCCUAGAGCGUAAGCACCCGCUCAAUUCUACCAGAAUCGCUAUAUUGGGCCUCAAGAAUCUCACCGUUGCAACUGUUUCCGAUGUUAAUUUCCAAGCCCGCUUCCUGAUUCGGUUGUUGGAUCCGAAUUCCCAUUCGGGUCAUGCCGGAAACGUGUCAGAUGGGUUGUUUUCUCGUCAGUCACGGGAAAUUGGUGAUACCCAGAAAUUGUUUCAUGAGAAAAAUUAUAGCUUGAUUGAUUCUGAUAGUGCUGGAAAAUGUGAACUUGGAGAUGUUCUGAAUUCUCCUUCUCACGCUGAAGUUGUGAAUCAAGUGGGUACUAGUGAUGGUGCAGUGAUGAACGAUGAAGUUGAGAAAAAUGCAAUUCGUCCAAAUUGUGAUUUAACUAGAGGUCUAGAUGAAGAUAAUGAAGGGCUUGCUAUUAGUGUUGCCAUUGGCAAAUAUGGUACCAUUAGCUCUCUUUCUCACAUUUGGAUGACACAAGCACAAUGUCAAUCCCCCAAAUUAAGCUUUGACAAGAUUUUGGCUUACCCCGAAGCUCGUGAAGCACUCUCAAAAGGGUUUUUGGUGAAGAAGUUCCAAAGGAAGCAACUGAAUAGUGGCGUAGACUUGGAAGAAGAAUGUGAAGAAUUUGAGCUUGAGGUUCCUCCUGGAUCAGUACUGUUAUUUCCCUCCGAUAAGGCUGUUAAUAUUAAUGACCUGGAUGCUAUUGGUUUUGAGGUGAAGAACUUGAUUGUUCUGGAUGGAACAUGGGCCAAGGCAAAAAGGAUUUAUAGUGAGAAUCCUUGGUUGAACAUUUUGCCCCAUGUGAAGUUGGAAGUGAAUGAGAUGAGCUUAUAUAGUGAUGUGAGACAUCAGCCGAGGGCUGGUUAUCUGUCCACCAUUGAGAGCAUUGUAUUUGCCUUGAAGGCAGUUGGGGAGAAUCGUGAGGGUUUGGAUGGUCUCUUGGAUACUUUUGAAUCCAUGGUUGGAGAUCAGAGACGCUGUAAAGAGGAGAGACUGAGCAAACAGUUUGAAGAAGUUGCUUCAACCCAAAUAGAAACUGUUUGCAAGAAAUUGUGAACCACGAAAUUUCUUAAGAGUUUUUCGCCCUUGCAUCCUUUCCCUGCAAGCAAAACACAUCAUGGUAGUCACACUGGAUUAUCUGCAUAUGGCUAAUGAGUUUAUUGAAAGAUUACAGAUUAUUAUUGUGCCACAUCUGCUAAACAAGGACAGGAGUAGUCUGAGAUAAAGCAAUCAGUUACUGAUUGGACUAUGCUACUAUUAAAAGGGUGGGAUUUGGGAGUUGUAAUGAUGUUUUAGCACAAUCAAUGCUAUUAUUAAGAUUGGUCGAUGCACUUUAUGAUAUCUUCAGAAUCAAGAGAUUUUUGCAGUUUGUAAUGUUACUACUGCUACAUGAAGUGACCUAUAUGUUUGCACUCGAUAAACGAAGGACAUUAUGCUCAUUGCACACUGCUAGAGUCAAUCCUCGGGAAAGUAUGGAGAGUCUGUUCCCCAAGAGCUUUUGACAGAAUCAUGGCAGCUCAUGUUUACUGGUCUCAACAUCAAGCCAAGAGACAUAUGAUUACACUAACCUCAGCAGAAACAGACAAUCCCAAAGCUAUUCAGCUACUUGGUGGUGAUGAUGUAAAGUGGAGUUUAUUGUUAACAAAAGAACAUUGAGAAACAAAAUCUAAAAGAAAGAAGGAAGAGGAAAGAUUUUACCUGCCUAAAUUCACCAGAUACAGAUCUGUUGUUAGAACUCAGUUUGUCUACAUGUCUUUAUCAAAUCACUAUGAUGGCAUAAAUUUAAUUAGGUUCUAUUUACGGGAUUUCCAUGUGUUGAUGCAUAUUGGAUAAAUCAGUUUUAGUCCCAUACAUUUUCAAUUAUCCAUUCUGCGGUCCUUACAGUUCUGUUCUUGGAUUGCUGGUUUACAUUCUAUCAUGUUCCAUUUACCCUGGUAUCAGAAAACAAUGAUUUCAGAUUUAAGGCAUUUUGUUAAUCAAAUCGUCGUUCAUCCUACUAAUCAUCGAUUCAUCAUGGCUUUAUUCUUUGUGUGGCUCUAGAAUCAUAUCUAAAAUCUAAAAUGCCAGCCAGGAAUAUAAAAUA